GGGGAGGGAGCUGAGCUGCCGCCGCUCCGGCAGAGCAGGGGACAGCCGCAGCCUCGGCGGCGGCACCGGCACCGGCAGCGCCUCCGCCCGCAGUGCGUGUGUGUGCGUGUGCGUGCGUGUAAUGAGCGAUCACCGCGUCCCUCCGCCCGCUGCCGGCUGACACCCACCGCGCGGGGCGCGCCAGGAGCAGCAGGAGGAGGCGAGGAGCCGCGGCCACCGCGCAGUGACCUUGGCCCAGGAGUGCAACGUUCAAAAGCGGAUCAAAUUUGUGGGACAUGGCACAAGGAAAUAAUUAUGGGCAAAGCAGCAACGGGGUGGCUGAUGAAUCCCCAAACAUGCUGGUGUACAGAAAGAUGGAAGACGUCAUAGCCCGCAUGCAAGAUGAGAAAAAUGGGAUUCCUAUUCGUACAGUCAAAAGUUUUCUUUCCAAGAUCCCCAGUGUCUUUUCUGGUUCAGACAUUGUUCAAUGGUUAACGAAGAACUUAUCUAUAGAAGACCCAGUGGAAGCUCUACAUUUGGGAACACUGAUGGCAGCACAUGGCUAUUUCUUUCCAAUCUCAGACCAUGUUCUAACACUAAAGGAUGAUGGCACAUUUUAUCGAUUCCAGACACCCUAUUUUUGGCCAUCAAAUUGUUGGGAGCCGGAAAACACAGACUAUGCCGUUUACCUCUGCAAGCGGACAAUGCAAAACAAAGCCAGGCUAGAGCUAGCAGACUAUGAAGCUGAGAGUUUGGCCAGGCUACAGCGAGCAUUUGCUCGGAAAUGGGAGUUUAUUUUUAUGCAAGCUGAAGCACAAGCAAAAGUCGACAAGAAGAGAGACAAGAUAGAGAGGAAGAUUCUUGACAGCCAGGAGCGAGCGUUCUGGGAUGUGCACCGGCCGGUGCCUGGAUGCGUAAACACUACUGAAGUGGAUAUAAAAAAAUCUUCAAGAAUGAGAAAUCCACAUAAAACAAGAAAGUCUGUCUAUGGCUUACAAAACGAUAUUCGAAGUCACAGCCCUACCCACACACCAGCACCAGAGACUAAGCCACCCACAGAAGAUGAACUACACCAAGAGAUUAAGCACUGGCAAAUGCAAUUAGACAGGCAUAGAUUAAAAAUGUCAAAAGUUGCAGAGAGUCUAUUAGCUUAUACAGAGCAGUAUUUGGAAUACGAUCCUUUUCUUGUGCCCCCUGAUCCCUCAAACCCUUGGAUAUCAGAUGACACCACUUUCUGGGAACUGGAGGCAAGCAAAGAGCCAGGACAGCAGAGGGUGAAACGAUGGGGAUUUGGCAUGGACGAAGCUUUGAAAGACCCUGUGGGAAGAGAGCAGUUUCUCAAAUUCCUGGAGUCAGAAUUCAGUUCAGAAAAUUUAAGGUUCUGGUUAGCAGUAGAAGACCUGAAGAAGAGGCCUAUCCGUGAAGUUCCUGCUCGCGUCCAGGAAAUCUGGCAAGAAUUUCUUGCUCCAGGUGCACCCAGCGCUAUCAAUCUGGAUUCCAAAAGUUAUGACAAAACCACGCAGAACGUAAAGGACCCUGGAAGAUACACAUUUGAAGAUGCUCAGGAGCACAUUUACAAACUGAUGAAAAGUGAUUCUUAUCCUCGUUUUAUACGAUCCAGUGCCUACCAGGAGCUGCUACAGGCCAAGAAAAAGGUAUUGGUCCAUCUUGCCUUUGUCUUGCCACUGUGCAAAGCGGUGGUUAUGUUUGCAACAAUACUCAGUCUUCUCUCCCCUGUGCCAGUGCAACUGGAUAUCUGGUAGGUGACCAGCUUGGCGUGUUUGGAGGGUCACAUACACACAGGAGUUCAAUAUACAUAUAUGUGUAUAUAUCCUGCAUGCGGGCAUGUUUCAAUAAGUUAAUCUAGCAAAACUUAUUUUUAUUUUUACAUCCCAUAUUGUACUGUUUUCUCUGUUAUGAAGCACCUUAAAUUGCAAAGUGCUUUACAAAUACAUUAAAAAAAUGAAAUAAAAUCCCAGAAGAAUAGUCUUUCAUGUUUGCAAGUUUGCUUAUGUAAUAAAUGUUGUUCUCUUUAUUCCACCUAUAAAAGCUACACAAUGUGUUUAGAAACAAUCUUAUUCCUAGGAAUAACUUCUAAUUUAAACUAUAAAUAUAGGGUCUUCCUAAUUCUGUUUCUUUCCCUGUUAUUACGUGAAUAGUUUUGAGUAAGUUAGGAAUCUGACUUGAAAGACUGAUCAUGUCACACUUCAGCAAACAGAGGCUCAUGUCUUGGUAUAUAUUAUUUGCUUAGCAAAAGUCCAGAUUAUGGAAUGAGUUCUGAAUAGACACCUCCCAGAGUAUGUGAAGAGGCUUGUACAAUGCAGAUUUCUAUAAUGAUAAAUACUUUUAUUAGUGGGCUCUAAACAGUAAUCUCCUAGAAUAAGCUGGGAGCCCUGUGCCUUGCAAAAUCAGGGCCCCGGUCAUUACUGGAACAAGGUAGUUAUUAACACCGUAGCAUUCUAUUGUUUAUAAUGACAACCUAAAAUUAUAUGAAAGUACUGUGUGAUGUUGUUUUUUGUUCAAACAUUGAUUUCUGAAGAUCCAAUAUAGAGAUGUUGAAAAUACCAGAAAGCUACAACUGUCCGUGUGAAGUCCUUAAGUUUGUGAAUGUCAGUUCAUUAACACAAGAUGUGCACUUCAUGAUUUCUUUUUAUUUUCAGUUUUUUUUUUAAUUAAACCAGUUUGAUCUCCAUGAAAAAUUAUUUUUGUCAAACACUAUAUCUGCUUUGCCCAUCCCCUGUUUUGCAGAGUCCCAUUACAGCUUCAUACCUGUGUUUGCUUCCUGAUUUAUACAAACUUUGUUUUGCAGUCCAUUGUUUCAUCAAUCCUUCUUUUCUACUCCAUUUUUUCUUGCUUUUCUUUUCCCCUCCUUUUUCUUUUUGUUUCCUUUUUUUAUUAUUUAUUUUAAAUUUAAGUUGGAAAACACUCUGGAUCGUCGAACAUCUUUUGAGAAAUUCACACGCAAUGUGGUAAGUUUGUUGCCUCGGAAGACUAGUAAACCUGAUGGGACAUCCUUCUCCCCUCCCCCUCACUGAUCCCUACUUUCCCUUUUUGCUUCUCUAACCUGACAAUUAAAAGUGUAUUCAUCACAGUUUGUAAAUUUUCCUAGGAAUGGCAGCUUUAUAAUGUGCUUUCAUUACAACCCCUCCUCCCUAGUGCCUUUCCCACUGACCUCAAUAGUCACACAUGGAGGACUGGACCUUUGGGAACCAUGCUUUUUGCGUUAGGAAGCAUGACAUUAUUACCUUUUUUUUUUUUUUUUAAAUUGUAGUAAAGAGUCUGUGAAAACCUGCUUGUUGUUGUUCCUUUUUCUGGUGCCUCCCAAAAUACUGAGUCUAACAGUUUGAAUACAUUGGAUUUCUUUCCUGUCUCCUUUUUAUUUUACUAAAAAAGAGUUUGUCCCUUUUUUUUUAAUCGGGCACAGGGGAAAAUAAACAAUAAUAAUUUCCCCAUCUUCCUUAAUGUCUAGCACAUCUUCUUCAGGACCAAAGAAUUCAUGCUGAUGAUGCACAAGGGUUUGAUUGGGGUUUCAUUUUGAUAAUGGACUACAAGAACUGAUUUUUUUUUUUUUUAAUAUAUAAUUCUCGAAAGCUAUUUCAUGAAGGUAAAAAAAUGAAGGCUGGUAAAUUUGCUGUGGGCAUUCUCUUGCCACCUGCCAAAAGAUCCACUGAUUUCCUGAUAUGUGCGAUUCUUUUUACUUAUCCAGUUUCUUUGGAUUUUUUUUUAACAUUGUGAAAGUUCAAACUAAAGCAAUCAACGCAUUUAUUUUUGUAGGGCAGAAACAUCCCUAUUUUCCCAUGCCAUAAAAACUGUACACCAACACUGAGGGCGAGCACUAACCUGUUAUGAAAA